AUGUCGGCUUCGCAGAUCCCAAACCUCAACACUCUCCGUCGAGGCGGUGGCCGUGGUCGUUCCGGGGGUCGUGGACUUUCUCGAGAUGGUGCUGGACCCAGGCCCAGUGCAGGCAAAGACCGAGUGGUACAGGGCACCGACAAUGACGCCAGUGUUUCCCGGUUGAGUGCGGUGGGCGUUGGUUAUCUGGAAGAUCCGUUUGCCAGGGGAUUAACACCGCCUGGUUUGGAGACCAGACGGUUGCCCAUAAUUAAUAGAGGGACCUACGUCCGUACGGCCGCAAUCGACCAGCUCGUCCAUCGGUUCCUCUCCCAAACCCCCGAACAGAAGAAGCAGAUUAUUUCUUUAGGAGCUGGCUCCGACACCCGGGCCUUCCGACUGCUGUCGAUGCAGCCGCGGCCGGAUCUGAUCUAUCACGAGAUUGAUUUCGCGGUCAACACAGCCGCCAAGAUUAGGUUUAUUCGCUCGACGCCUCGGCUCCAACAAAUGCUGGGAAUUGGACGACCGGAAGAUGUCACGAUAUCCGACGCAGGGGAUGCGCUACAUUCGACGGUCUAUCACCUCCACCCACUCGACCUACGAUUCUUGAAGCGCUCGCCGGAUACAACAGAAGCACCGGAUGCUGAUCAACGACCUUACUUGCGGGAAGUCGAGGCGACGCUCCCUACACUCCUGAUAUCCGAAUGCUGUUUGGUCUAUCUCUCACCCAGCGAAGCCGCCGAUGUGGUCGGCUUUUUCACACAAACUCUGUUUCCCAGCCAUGUCCCGCUCGGCUUGGUCCUAUAUGAGCCGAUCCGUCCCGACGACGCCUUCGGUCGUACCAUGGUAUCCAACCUUGCGACGCGAGGCAUCCACCUGCAAACUCUGCACCAGUAUGCGUCGUUAGGGGCGCAGCGACAACGGCUGCAGGAUCAGGGGUUUGACGGGGGCCAAGCCGCGGCGGACGUGCAUUUCAUCUGGGAACGGUGGGUGAGCGACGCGGAGAAGGAACGAGUAGCGGGGCUAGAAAUGCUGGACGAGAUAGAAGAGUGGAACUUGCUAGCGCAACAUUACUGCAUUGCAUGGGCAUGGCGAGGAAGAAUCGGAGGAGGGUUUGAGGGAUGGAGGGAUUUUGAUAGCCAAGAGAGGGGGAAUUAG